UGGGAAAAUUAAGAUAAGAAUGACUUUCUUCGCGAUUGUUUUCAGUUUUUUUAGAUAUUCCAACUAGUUUCUUAUAGGAGUUUAUGAAUUCUCAUUACACUGGUAUGAGGUUUUCUUGUGGGGAGAAAAUCUUUCGCUAUUACAAUAACAGCUGUGAUUAUAGCGAUUAUUGAUAAAAACAUUGCUUCUAAUUUGACAUCUGUCAAUAACAAUGCAAUGCAGUGACGUUUCGCAUUGUAAAAAUUAGCGAAUUCGAAUCUACCUUGUUUCUAAAAUGAAUUAUCAAAGUUCUGAUUUAGUGGUGAAAUAAUGUUAUAGAACACAGUUCCUUUAUUCAACCAGGAUUGUAACUAAAAAUCAAAAUGACUACGAAAGAGCUUUACACAAAGGGGGCCCGGAUAUGGGUGGAACACCCCGAGAAAGUCUGGGAGAGUGCCACAGUCUCCGCGGACUACCGCUCCGGAGUCCUCAUUGCCAAGUUGGACCAGACUGGAGAGAUACGACAGAUCAAGAUAAAAGAUGAGAACCAAAUGCCGCCCUUGCGGAACCCCUCUCUCCUCAUCGGGCAGAAUGACCUCACGUCGCUGUCAUACCUGCACGAACCUGCAGUUCUACACAACCUUAGAGUCAGGUUCUGCGAUCGCAACGCCAUCUACACGUACUGCGGUAUCGUGCUGGUCGCCAUCAACCCUUACAACGAAUUGCCUAUUUACGGCGAUGAGACCAUCAUGGCGUAUCGCGGUCAGUCCAUGGGCGACCUGGACCCUCACAUUUUUGCCGUCUCGGAGGAGGCCUACACGAAACUUGAGAGGGAGCGGCGAGACCAGAGCAUCAUAGUGAGCGGCGAAUCAGGGGCCGGCAAAACUGUGUCAGCUAAGUACGCAAUGCGUUACUUUGCGGCCGUGGGCGGGAACGCGAGCGAGACGCAGGUGGAGCGGAAAGUGCUCGCUUCCAGUCCUAUUAUGGAGGCCAUCGGCAACGCGAAAACCACUCGCAACGACAACUCCUCCCGGUUCGGCAAAUUCAUAGAGAUACACUUCGAUGAGCUGUACAGAAUAUCUGGUGCCAGUAUGAGGACUUACUUGCUUGAGAAAAGCAGAGUGGUGUAUCAAAGUUCUGGGGAGAGGAAUUAUCACGUAUUCUACCAGCUGUGCGCCGCGGCGCGCAGCAUGCCAGAGCUGCAGCUAGACCACCAAGACUCGUUCCACUAUUUGAAUCAGGGCGGCAGCCCCGACAUAGACGGCGUCGACGACCUGAGAGCAUUCAACGAGACGAAAAACGCACUCACCACAUUAGGUGUGUCAGAAACGGAACAACAGAAUAUGUUCACCGUGUUGGCGUGUAUCCUCCAUCUUGGAAAUAUAGAGCUAACAUGCGAGCCAGACUCGGGGGACGUGGAGGAAGACGGCGCUUAUAUCGAUCCGAACGACAAACACCUACAAAUAGUCUGCUCGCUUCUCGGGGUGGCGAAGCCGGAGCUAAGUCGGUGGCUGACGCAUCGGCGCAUCGCUUCUGCCCAUGAGGUGAUAGUGUCCCGAAUGGACACGAACCGAGCCGCAUUCGCUCGCGACGCGCUCGCGAAACGAAUGUACGGUGAAAUGUUCGCUUGGCUCGUCAAGUGUGUGAACCGCGCGCUGGAAACGGAGCAGAAUAAGAGCCACUUUAUUGGUGUACUGGACAUAUACGGGUUCGAAACGUUCGAAAUAAACUCUUUCGAGCAGUUCUGCAUCAACUACGCAAACGAGAAGCUUCAACAGCAGUUCAACUCGCACGUGUUCAAGUUAGAGCAGGACGAAUAUAUUAAAGAAGAAAUAUCAUGGAAAAUGAUCGACUUCUACGACAACCAGCCUUGCAUCGAUUUAAUCGAGGACCGGCUUGGAGUCCUAGCGCUCCUGGACGAGCAGUGCCGCGUGCCGCAGGGCUCCGACCAGGGCUUCGUGGCCAAGCUGCACGAGAGCUGCCACAAGUACCCGCACUUCAUGAAACCGAGGUUCGGGAAUCAAGCUUUCAUAAUAAAGCACUUCGCUGACAACGUGGAAUACCAAUGCGGGGGCUUCCUAGAGAAGAACAGGGACACCGUAUCAGAAGAGCAGUUAGAGUGCAUCAAGUCGGCGACCAGUUGUCGGCUGAUCCACGCCAUGUUUGAUUCCGAUCGGGUGUCGGAGGGAAAUGCCACGGCGACUUUGCCUCCGCCGUCACGGCGACGGACCACGCCUGCUGUACCACUUACUAGUCUUACGCAACCGCCUCGCCGAGCAUCCGGGCAGAAGCAGACGGUAGGAGCGCAGUUCCGAGCCUCCCUGUCGGCUCUCAUGGCGACCCUGUCCGCGACCACCCCCCACUACGUGCGCUGCAUCAAGCCCAACGACACCAAGCAGCCCUUCCAGUUCCAUCCGGCGAGGGCCGUCAACCAACUCAGAGCGUGCGGUGUAUUGGAGACCAUUAGGAUUUCAGCAGCCGGCUUCCCAUCCAGGUGGUUGUACCAGGACUUCUUCAAUAGAUAUCGCCUUCUCUGCGCCCACAAGGAGCUAGAUCGCGGAGACAUCAAAGGCACGUGUCGACGGAUUUUAGCCGCGCACCUCAAGGACCCGGACAAAUACCAGUUCGGUGCCACCAAGAUAUUCUUCAGGGCUGGGCAGGUGGCAUAUUUAGAGAAGAUCCGUGCUGACAUACAACGUCUAUACUGCGUGCGCGUACAGAGUUGCGUGCGUCGUUUCGUGGCAAGACGCAAGUACUUGCGCCGCAUGCGCGCCUUGCGUGGCCUGCAAGCUCACUGCCGAGGCUUCCUCGCCAGACGCAAAGCGCAAGAGGUCCGCCGCACGCGAGCCGCGAUCAAGAUCCAACGCUACUUGCGCGGCUGGUUAGCUCGCCGCCAGUACCAGAAGCUCCGCCGCUUGGCUAUAGGGCUCCAAGCUCACGCAAGGGGCUACCUCGCUCGCAGGCUGUAUAGAGAUGCACGCAGGGUCAAAGCGGCUUUAACGAUUCAACGCUACGCGCGCGGCUACCUCGCGAGGAAGCGCGUCAAGGCGAUGCGACGCGGCAUCAUUAUAGCGCAGGCUGCUGUCCGUCGCUUCCUCGCCCGCCGCCUCUACAAGCGCCUCCGCAUCGAGGCCAGGAGUCUGGACCACGUGAAGACCCUGAACAAGGGUCUGGAGAACAAGAUCAUCAGUCUGCAGCAGAAGUUGGGGGAGGCGCAGCAGAAGACCAAGGCCUUGGAACCGUUGGCCGCCCAGCUGGCUGAGGCUAAAGCGAAACUGGAACUCCUGCGCCUAGUCGAAAUCGAGGCUAAGACUCUCAAAGUGUCCAUCGAAGACAAGGACAGCGUUAUAGCCGCACUCCAAGCCGAGCUGGCGAGCGAGCGGGACAGCAACAAGCAGCUCAUCGAGGAGAAGAAAGAGAUAGAGAAGACGUACAAGAUAGAGAGGGAGGCGUGGGAGGGAGAGAGCGAGAAGCUGGCCAAUGAGUUGAAGAGUUCUAAGGAGCAGUUCGAUUUGGCGAUUGAAGAACGAGACAAGCAGCACGAGCAAGAAAAGAAGGCGCUGAGCGCGGAGCUGGAAGCGGAGAGGCAGAGCAGACAGAAAUUACUCUCCACGCAAUACGAGUUGCAGGAGCGUUUGGACUCUCUACAGCGGGCACCCGCGACGAAAGAACACAGGCGUUCUCUCUCUGACGCCAGCAACAACUCUCAACAGGAGACGACGGUUGAAGAUGACUUCGGGUACGGGUCAGUGCGUUCUGUGGAGAACUCCCGGCCCGCUCUCGAGGCCGUCAACUGGUCGGCCGGCGCUCACAACGGACCUAUGCCGAUCGCGGAUGCUGGAUUGGUGCUGCGAAUGCAGAACAGGAUAUCCGCCUUACAGAGUGAAUUGUCGCGAACUACGAAACGAGCGAGUGAUUUGGAGGAGCGUCUCAUGAAUCGCCUGUCCUCACCCCCCACCAAUCCCAACCUGGAUCGCUUCAAAGUGGAAGAACUCGAGAUAGAAAACAAGAAGCUUCGAGAACAUCUCGACCGGCUGCGCUCCGCUGGCGAUACCACUCUACUCACCAAGGAAGUUAUAGACCAACUGGGCAUAAUGCAGAAAGAGCUGGACAGACGUCGAGACGAGUGCAUCCAGCUAAAGAGCGUGCUUACCAAUACCAAACCGCAAUGGUUCCAAACUCUGAAAAAUGUCACGGUGAACUUGAAGUCGCUCACGACGUCCAGCUACGGGUCCGAUGUGGACAUCGUCAACGAAGAUGGCGAGUUGGCUACGGCAUACGAAACGCAGAAGGGCAUCAACAGGCAAUUGCAAGAAGAGCUUAUGGCCGAGAAGAAGUUCUAUUCGGAUCACAUAUCGAAGACGAAGGCCGAGAUCGACCGCCUGAGGGAGGAGAAUGAGAAAUAUCAAAAGUUGUUGAGUGUGGAGCUCAGUCAGGAGCCGAAGAACAAGCAGCAGGAAUUCGCUCAGAACGAGAUCAUCAAAUUGGCGGCUGAAAGUCUCGCUUUGCAGGAGCGUGUAGACAAACUAUCAGAGAGCUGCCGCCGUUACAAGAACCAGAUUCGGCUGCUCGUCAACAAGUUACGGGAGGCGGGCAUAGAAGACGUCAGCGAUAUAUUGGAAAGCAAUGAUGCCGUGGUGCCGCAGAACGCCUCUCUCGCUCCCGAAAUAGCGCCCGUGACGCGCAAGAAAGAGAGGGAGUAUCUAGGCAUGUUCGAGUACAAGAUACAAGACGAGGCGAAGAUCAUUAAGAAGCUUAUUACAGACCUGAAACCACGAACAGCCGUCACCCUCCUCCCCGGCCUCCCGGCCUACAUCAUCUUUAUGAUGCUGCGCCACAUGGAUCACGUCGACGACGAGCCUAAGAUGCAUCAGCUGCUGAAGGCAGUCAGGAUUGGAGUCAAGAAGACGCUCAGGAAACGCGCUGAUAGCGUGGAGUAUAGUGCUCUAUGGCUUGCUAAUAUGCUACGACUCCUAAACAACCUCCGCCAGUACAGCGGCGACGCGGUGUACCAGAAGGAGAACACCCCUCGUCAGAACCAGCAGUGUCUUCGUAUCUUCGACCUGUCGGAAUACCGCCAGCUCCUCAGCGAUACCGCUGUGCAGAUCUACCAAGGUGUGAUCACACUGCUGGAGAGACAGGUGGAGCGGCUGAUUGUGGGCGCCAUAUUGGAAUACGAGGAGAUCAGCGGUCUGUCCGGUCCUGCGCGCGCGCCGCCGUCGCCGCCCGGCGCGGGCCCGGCGCGCCUCAAGCAGGAGCUGAGCGCGGCGCACGAUCACCUCCACACAUACCACGUGGACGCGUCUCUGCGCGUCAUGAUCUUCAAACAGUUGUUCUACUACAUCUGCGCGUACAGUCUAAAUCAACUGCUCCUCCGUAAAGAUCUGUGCUGCUGGGCCAAGGGUCUGCAGAUCCGGUACAACAUCUCACACCUGGAGAACUGGAUCAAGGAGCAGCUGGCUGAAUACGGACAGAAGAGCGUGGAUGAGAUCCUAAGCGUCUUGAAGCCGAUCACACAAGCAGUGCAGCUGCUGCAGGCACGGAAGUCACUGGCCGACGUUCAGAGCACUGUCGACAUGUGUUCCAAUCUCACUGCCAUGCAAGUCUGCAAGAUCCUAAAUAUGUACACGCCCGCCGAAGACUACGAAGUGAAAGUUACACGCGAGUUCAUACACGAGAUACAGAAGAAGAUGCAGGAGAAAGCUGGGCCCAACGCGGACAAGGAACCGCAAAACCUCCUGAUGGACUCGAAGAUGAUCUUCUCGGUGCAGUUCCCGUUCAACCCGUCCUCCAUCCGGCUGGAGGACAUCGAGCUGCCCGACGUGCUGGGGCUGGAGGGGCUGCUCACCAAGAUAUAAACGGGUUAACUGACAUUACUAGCCCAGAGGCCUUUAUAAAGGCAUUUUACAGCAAAACCCGAUGGACUUGAACAUGAUCUUAGUCUAUGGUCACCAAGAUAUAAACGGGUUAACUAACACACACAUAUAUAUAUACUCUCCCGUCCGAUUUCAACCACGGCGACUGUUUCAACCCCGCUGCUGAAGACGCUCGUGUGUGUUAACUGUCAUAUAACUAGCCCAGAGGCCUUUAUAAAGGCUUUUACAGGAAAACCCUAUGGACUUGAACAUGAUCUUAGUCCAUGCUCAUUAAGAUAAAAGGGUUAACUGUUAUAUUUGCUACCAGCGACCCGCCCCGGCGUCGCACGGGUUUCACAUAACCUUAACAAAUUAUACACCUAAAUCUUCGUCAUAAAUCCGUUCAGUAGUUUUUGAGUUUAUCGCGAACAUACAUACACACAGACAGACGCGGUGGGGGACUUUGAAAAAUUCUAGAAACUAAACAAAAAUAAUUAUUUUAUGAUAUACAACUCCAAAAUUCAUAUAAUUUAUGUUAACCUAAUAGUAACUAAUGUAAGCUUAAAUGCAAGUAAUAUUUAAUUGAAUUGUUUACCGAAUUUAAGAAUGAUUUAUAAGUGAUUAUGUUUAUUUAUAUAAAUGUAGAAGAAGAGUACAAUUUCUAGAGGCAGACUUAAUGCUUCAAAGCGAGUUCUGUCUUAGAACAGUUUAAUAUUUUUGGUGCUGUUUGAAACAGUACCGUUGAGGAUUUAAAAAAAUAGUUAUUUAUUCAUAGAAAACGUAUAUUUCAUAAUUAAUGAACUUAAAUAUUAAUUAAAGGCAAGUAAUUUAGUAACUCUCUCUCUCUCGGCCUGCAAAUCAAAUGCCGAAAGAAUCAAAAAAGUUACUUAUUUUGCCAUAAUUUAAAUGUUAUAACGGCUACAUUUUUUUAUAAUAAUUAUUUGAUCUAGAUAUUUUUUUAACAGGAGGAUAUUAAUCGAUAUGAUAAAUCAAAACAUAAAUACAUUUUAUCAGUUCCAAAUGGUAAAUAUAAACAGGUAAUUCAUUUGAUUAAAAAAAAUACCGAAAUCAACAAACAUAUUAACUUGUGCUUUGAAGGUCACAGCAUUUCUUAGAGGAUAUAACCAAACGGAGUAGCCAUUAACAGGCGUUCCCUUCUGUCGAAAAUAGACGGCCAAUGGUCAUACACAUUGUAUGGACUGACGUUUAUCUAACAUGGCUAUUUUUACGUUACGUACCUAUACAUUUGACGUGCCCCUCCCCCGCAAAAUUCGGCAGACUGUUUUGUACAGAAAAUUACAGACGUUUGGUUAUAUCCUCUAAGCAGCAUUUACAAGAAUUAAUUACUGAAAUAUUAAAAGGAUAAAAUAUAAUUACAGGACAAAAUAGAAUUUAAUAUUGGACUGAAGGUAAAUAAGCUUCGUCCUAAUAUUUCAGCAUAAUGAGCUUGUUUUAAGUAAUAUCGGUUCCUAGACUAUGGAAAGCCAUAAUUUGAAAUUAUUUUGGUGCCAUUCCGAUUUGUACAAAACUUAGAAAAGAAAGUACAUGAUUUUUUCCAUUUUGACUUCACUUGCCAUACUGCAUUUAUAGUACUAGACCAAUUUUGCUAUAAAGUUCCAUAUGUUAGAUUUAUUUAUAGCAAAUUAUAAAAUGCUGCGAAAUUUGUUAAUUUACAUUGUUUCUGUAGUUGCUGCUGAUUAAUUACUAUUCAUCUUAAUGACAAUCAAUUUCACAUAAUUUUUAUUGAUAUAAUUUUCAUUGAAGUUACUCAAGCUACCAAAAAAUUGCUCAGUUUUAUUGAAUUAUCGAGUGAAGUCAUGGUUUGGAUAUUUGGCUUUGUCUAUACCAACUGUUAUCAACGAAUUAAGUUAAUUUCUGUUUUUAUAUUUUUAAUUGUUAAGCAAUUUUGUACUUUAGAUGUUGUUACAAUUAGUUCAAAUUUGUUAUAACUUAUAUUUAUUUAUAUCAUUCCAUUUAGCUAUUAAGAGUAUAAUUAUUAAUAAGUAAGUAAUUAUAUCGAUGCGUGUUGAUUUACCCUGACAUAUUUAGGAGAAAUAUAUUUAGCAUAUAAAUAAAUAUAAUGUUAAAGGCUAGAUACAGAUACACAUAAUAGUUCUUCACAUAAUACGACCAACGUAUUACAUAUAGAUGUGGCAUGCCUUUUGAUAGUUGAAUUUAGAAGAAAUUUUAUGAAAAGUAAAGAAUAGAUUUAUUACGCAGUUUGCUUGUAGAAUAAUAUAACAUGAUAUUAUGACAUUGUUUUAAUGUGUUUUAGGCGUUUUCUCUAGUUAUUAUUUACAUAUAUAAAAUCACCAUGCCAUUAUUGUUAUGCGUUUUUAAAUAUAUUGACCGAAAUACAUUGUUUUUUUACGAAACAGCCGUAAAUUAUAUAAAUCAGAUCAUUGUUUUUUUUUAUAUUACUAUAUGAUAGUGCUAAACCUGUUACCAUAAAACUAGGUGCUUGAAACACGGCGUCACUAACACCAGAUAUGUAUUUAUAUAUUUAUACAUAAAAUUUCACUAUUAGAUGUACAUCCCAUGCAGAAAUAUUUUUGUAGAGAAAUUAUGACCAGUAUUCUUUUGGUACUUAUUUAUUUUUAGUAGAAUAUUAAUUAUUAAUCUCUAUAUUAUGUCUAUUCAAAUUAUGCGAGAUCACUUAUAUGUAAUCAUAAGAAUAUUAGUUUUAACGAAUGUUCGAUGCUAAUGUUAAAAACAAUUGACAUAUAAUUAUGCUAUUGAUGAGGACAAACCUACUUUACUAUUGCAAUGCAAAUUAUACUAUGUUUUUCAGUAUUUCGUAUGUGACUUUUUUAAAUAAAAUUGAAUUAAAUAUAACGUCAGGUGACAAGCAAAAGUCACUAAUUACUAAAAAAUAAAUUAAACAAAAAUCGACCUUCUUUUAGUACUAAUAUGGUUCACUAUGGCUAUGAACUUGUGGUGGUACUUAGUGACUUUUGCUUGUCACCCGACGAUAAGCAAAAUUAUAGCGAUAUUAUAUUGGCUGGUUUUUGUCCUCACAACAAUUAAUGUGUUAUGGUACUUAAUCCUAAAUGAAAUUGAAACUUAAAGGUACUACCUAAAUGUAUUAAAUUAUAUGUAUAGUAAAAUAUAUAUGUUGAUAAAUUUGAAAUUCUAUAAUGGUUAGGUGCUCAAUAAUAACUUCCCUGUUGUUUAAAUUAUAGAUUUACGUAGUAUGUAUCAAUGUAAUUAAUUCAGUAUCUAUUUUAAAUUGAUAUUACCUACUAGGGACAUAUUUUCAAGGCUCUAAUACUUAAUUGCAUUUGAUUUGAUUUGAUUCAAUUGUAUGGAUCCAAUCGUGUCGGAUUCUCGAGAUUAUGGAUAUCAAUUUACGAAAGUAUACAUGUAUCAAAUAACAAAAUAAUACAAAACAAAAUAAUCCUUUUGUGAUAUCAUUUGAAAAUAUCUAUAUUAUUAUAAUUUUAUCCAAUUCUAAAAUCUGUAAUUGACCAAACUCAAAUAAAUGUUAAACAAAUUAAAAUUAGUUCAAAAUGAAUUAUAUAAUAACAAAAAUUCAUUUAUAAACCGAAAUUUAUACACAUAAUUUAAAAUCGUAUUAAUAAUUGUAUAUUACGUUUUGAAUAUAUCCAAUUAACUAUUAAUGAUCUCGAUGUUCGAUGUUCCUUUAUGUAUUAAUUAUAAAUUUGCAACUAAAGCAAUAUAAUCCAUAUCUUAUAUACUUACUUAAUAUCUACUGUAAUUUGGCAGCAUUUAUGUAAAAGCAAUGAGUACUUACAGAAAUAUGAUAUACAAUGUUCUAAUAAUUUAACAUAUAUAUAUAUGAUGAAAUCAAUAUUAAUUAGCAAUGUACGUAUAGUUUAGAUUUUUGGUAAAAAAUAUUUUGGUGAAUAAAUAUGUAUACCUAAACAAUAUUUUUUGUUAUCUAUGUCAAAGAAAAUUGUCAGUAUUAAUAGCACUGAUCCCAGUUUCAAUGAAAAAAUUACCUAAAAGGUAAUUUUCUAAUUUUAAAAAUAUAAGUUGGUAAAUGUGAUUUAGAAUUUUUUUGCUGUAUUUUCUCAGUGUUACAUGCGAAUGUUUAAUUUUCUUUUGGUUUAUUCUUAAUGCAUGUAUCAAAGUAACAGAAGCAUUUCUUCUAUUAAAUUCUAGAUAACUCAAGCGUAAAAUAAACUUUCUUUUUGUGAAAAAAAAAUGUAAUUUAAAACUUUCCAUAAAUAAAAGGGCAAACUUCACAUAAUUAUAUUUGCUAUAAUCGCAAGUGUUGCUAUAAGUGAUAUCGUUUGUUAGUGUGCUGUGAGUUACAUUCCGACGUGUAGUUUGUUCACAUAUUUACAUUUUACAUAUAAUUAUAUAUUUCGUUGUAAAGUGCAGAUUAAAUAAAUAAUGUUAGCAAA